AUGCCAGCAAAGCAGAAGAAUCCCACCUCUAAACAACAGGCCAAUUUCUCCAACCAAUCUGCAAAAACGUUUAAGCAACAGAGGGAGGAGGAGAAGAAGACAUCUGAAGCUAGUGGAAAUACACGAGCAUGGAACACUUUGUUCAUGCGCCCUGAUACAGUUGCUGAAAACAUUGCUCGGAAAUUUGGUGUAAGUAAAAGUGAUUUACUAGACCGAGAAGCUGAUGACCUCGCUGUACGUAUUGCUUUGGGAGAAACUCAAGUGAUUGCAGAGACUAAAAAGGCUCUUGCAAAUGCUGGAGUCAAUAUUGCUUCAUUAGAGGAGUUUGCUGCUGGAAAAACUGACAGUCUGAAAAGAAGCAAUCACGUUAUAUUAGUAAAAAACUUGCCUUAUGGUUCAUCUGAAGGUGAACUGGCAAACAUGUUUGGAAAGUUUGGGAGAUUGGACAAAAUUGUUCUCCCUCCCACAAAGACAUUGGCUUUGAGAAUGUCGAGUGAUCUUCAAAAGAGGAUUGUCGUGGUGGUGGUUUGGUUGCUUUGA